GUGUAUCUGUAUGGCGUCGUUUAAAACGCUACUGUUGUGUGGCAACUACAUUUGGAAUCAGCGCCACAUCAGUCUAAAUCAGCCAUGUCUGCGCGCUUUGCUGCGUCUCGUUGAAAACGACAGCCUCUGACACGGACACGUUGGAGCUGACGGCCACAUGCAGCCUCAUCACGCCUUCUUUUCCCCACGUAUGGCGCAUGGUGGUUUAACCAACAGUUACCCAACUGGAGCUCAGGUUUAAUAAAUAAUUAAAGGGGACGACGCGGAGCUUGCAGCUGAUUUGCUGAUGUCAGGGAGUCAGUGCAGCAUUUCAUGGUGCAGGGUGUAGACGCGCGGAGCCAUCUGCCUCGAUCGGUGCUCAGCAGACUUCACACAUGCAAACCCGGCAAGAAAGAUGCUGCCAGCUCUCAAGAUUUGGGCGUUACUUUCUGUGUCGCUGUGCUGCCUGUCUCAGCCGGCUCAUCUGAAGAAGGGUUUCCGAUGUCCUUCAACAUGCAGCUGCUCCAAGGAGUCUGUCAUUUGUGUCGGGUCCUCCUACGUCCCAAGGAUUACCCCCAACGACAUCAGUUCUCUGAGUGUCGUCAAUGGGACUUUCUCAGAGGUCAAAGAAGCGAUGUUUGCUCACAUGCCAUCUCUGCAGCUGCUGCUUUUGAACUCCAACUCUCUGGUGACUAUAAGGGAUGAUGCGUUCUCAGGCCUUUCACAUCUGGAGUACCUGUUCAUUGAGGGUAAUAAGAUUGAGACUGCAUCCAGAUUUGCCUUCAAAACACUGAGGGACCUGACUCACCUGUCUUUGGCAAACAACAACAUUAAAGCCUUGCCCAGGGACCUGUUCAGUGACCUGGACUCACUGAUUGAACUGGACCUGCGAGGCAAUGCUUUUGAGUGUGACUGCCAUGCUACGUGGCUGAUGAUGUGGUUGAAGAACACCAACGCCACAGUAUCAGAAGUUGUGUGCACUGGACCGGAGGACAUGAAGGACAAGCGCCUCAAUGAUAUGACCAGCCUGCACAAUGAGUGCAUCUCAACAGAUUUCAUCCUCCAUCAGUCUGUGAUGUCCGAGUCUCUGUCUGCUGACACGUUCAGUUAUAAAAACGAUGUUUAUGUGGCUAUUGCUGCUCCCAGUGCAGAGAGCUGUAUGGUUUUCCAAUGGGACCACAUAGAGAUGAACUUCAGGACCUAUGAUAACAUCACAGGUCAGUCCAUUGUGGGGUGCAAGUCAGUUGUCAUCCAGAGCCAGGUGUUUGUCAUCGUGGCUCAGCUCUUUGGUGGUUCCCACAUCUACAAGUUUGAUGAGGACCAGAGCAGGUUCAGCAAGUUCCAGGACAUUGAGGUGUCCAAGAUCUCCAAGCCUAACGACACUGAGGCAUUGCAGAUCAGUUCUGACUGGUUCUUUGUGAUCGCUGACAGUUCGAAGGCGGGCCUGUCCACCCUCUAUAAAUGGAACGAUAAGGGCUUUUAUUCAUACCAGUUGCUGCAUGAGUGGUACCGUGACACCGAUGCAGAGUUCUUGGACUUGGAUGGGAAGGUGCGUCUUAUUUUGGUGAGCCGCUCGCAGGUGCCUGUCAUCUACCAGUGGAGCCGGAGCAGCCAGAAGUUUGUCCUGCAGGGUUAGAUCCCCAACAUGGAGGAUGUGGUAACUGUGAAGCACUUCUGGAUCAAGGAGGAACUGUACCUGGCUAUGACAUGCUAUAUCGGAGACUCCAAAGUUCUACGCUGGGGUGCCAAACAGUUUGCAGAAAUCCAGGCCUUGCCCUCACGAGGCUCCAUGAUUCUCCAGCCGUUCUCUUUCAAAGAACGUUCCUACCUGGCCCUGGGAAGCGACUACACCUUCUCACAGAUCUACCUAUGGGAUGAUGACAAGAAAGUCUUUGAGCACUUAGAGGUGUACAUCCAGGCGCCGCGCUCCUUCACUGUGGUUUCCACAGACUGCAGGGACUUCAUCUUGGCCUCUCCUCAGACAGAAAGAUACCAUUUCACAUUGACACAUGGGGGCAAAGUCAAGAUGGUGGACAUUUGUAAAAUGAGACUGGUAUUCUCCUAAAACUCCAGCUGACACUUCUGAAGGUGGAGAGAUCUCAAAUACCAUUUGAUCUGCUUGGAUGUACAGUGUAUAUUCUGGUUUAACAUCCCUUACUUAUGUUUUGUACUUAACAAAAGAUGAACCAGGACCUGAGAGAAUGAUCAUAUUACUAUUUUUGUUUUAGUCUCAUUUGGGGCAACUGAAGAUGUAACAGGCGUGGCGGCCACUUCCUUCAUUUCCUCGUACCCUGUGGUGAUGUACAGUAUGUUGCCUUACCAGCACUGGGGUUCUGGGUUCUGGUGGACCCUCAGUGCCUCCCUCUGGCUGUGAUGAGGUAUCACACGCCUUUGAUUUUUCCGUACAGGGAGCAUUUUGAAAGCACAAACCUUUCAGUAUCAUGGCCGAGGUCCCGGUUCUUAGAGCGUAGAUGUGUAGAUGCUAUGGAUUCUACCGCGUACAGUAAACAUACAGAAGUAGUUUGUUGUUUUAGGAGGUGAAAUAUUCAGGGCUGAAUAUAGCUAAUGCCUUUUCAGACAAACAUAUAUGAAUAGAAAAUCCCCAUUUUAAUAAGCUUUUAUUUCAGAGGUACUAUAAGUGGCAAAGUAGAUACAAGCUUUUUUUUAAAUUCAUUUAGUGGCAACGACCUGUGUUUAGAUGAUGUCAGGGAAUUUAAACCUAAGUUAAAAAAGGUUGUUGGACUACUGAGAAGAUGUAACUUUUUGUUUUAGACUCACUAAAAUGGUUCCUCACAACCGAAGUCAGAGACAGAGGACAAGCUGUUUGUCCAGAAUUGAAGGAAACAAAAUGUUUAUGUAAAUAUAUCUACUCAGUUUGAGGCUUUUUCAGUCUGUCAUUCUACUGUUUGAAAAUACUGAAUGUUGACUUACAAACUAAAAAAUGUACAUAAAACAAGACUGAAUGCUACUACCUGUCUGACACACACACACAUCUGAAUGGAUCUUUGCACUUAAUUUUACAAAGGGUUAAUGUUACUGCAGUGUGCAAGACCAUGACAUUCAAAUGGGGGUGUUUGCCAAAUUCUUUUUACCCCGACCCUCAGAGGACUAAAAGUGCUUCUACUCAUUAAGUGAAUGGCAUUGCAAAUAAAACAUAAUGGAAUAUGCAAGCUUAACGACAUGCAGAUUCUUUUGUAUGACUUUGUUUUAAGCAUAUUGAAUGUUACUCUCAAAGUAUACUGUAAGUUUAAUCAAAUAUCAAA